UUAGUGACCUAUAUGUUUUCUAUGAUUUUGUACAAAUAAGAAACAAGUGCUACUGUCCUAAAGGCAGUAUGAGUAAUCCCUACAGAGCUAGACCAACUAGGUCUAGAGAACAUCACAAUUUAGGAUUUGGAGCUUAUAAUCAAAAUAUAUGGAACCCAAUGCCUAGAGCACAAUCAGAAGUAUCAUCAAAUGAUUCUAUUCAGCAUCCACCACCCAUUGUAAAUCAGUCAAAACAAUCAAAUGAUUCUUGGAAUAAUUCAUGGAAUUGGGAUUUUGACAAACAAACAGAUAAUGAACAGCAGCAACCAUUGCAGCAAGAGCAGCAGCAGCAACAACAACAACAACAACAGCAGCAACAUCACUAUGUACCUACAUAUACAAAUCAAGGGCAGUUGAUAUCUAAUUCCAUUCAGGACCAUUAUUAUCAAAAUAUUAAUGGUAAUAAGUCUGACUUGCUCAAUCAGAAUGUGAUGUUAGACAGAAAUUCAUCAGGAAUAGUUACAAGUAGACCACCAAUUCCAAAUCAUACAGACUCCUUUACACCUUAUUCAAACUAUACACAAUACCACCAGUACCUACCACCACCAUUACCACCACCACCACCUCAGGCAAAUUCUGCUAAACCUGGAUCUGUGAAUUUGGACCAGCCUCAAUGGACAAAUGAGCAACAAUCUCAAAGUAUUCCAUAUUCACAACAAAAACCAAGUAUACAAAAUCAAAAUGAUCAAGCAUCACGUCCUACUCUAGUUGGUAGCAAUUAUAAUUGGAUGAAACCUGAUCAAACAAAUUUAAUGGCUUUACAAAAUUGGCCAAAUCAAGGUAGCGUACCAGGAUAUUGGCAGGAUUCAAAGAUGGAUAAAGAGGUACAGAACUUUGAUGAUAUGGGUAACCAGUAUACACCACCAGUUCAACAAACUAAAGCAAAUCAGCACCUUUUACCUUCUACCGAAAAUAGAGAACAUUCCGUAAAUGAUACAAAUGAUGCAAAUAAUUGGCCAAAUCAAGUUAAUACAUCAGCUCCUUCGUGGAAUACUCCGAAUCGCGAAUCCAUAUUACCCAAUCAAAGUCAACAAGUAACACAAAAUUCUAAUGCUAAUAAUGAAUUCAAUACUUGGCCUCAAACAGUAAAUGCUGAUGUCUCACAAUCGUGGAAAAAGAUGGACGAUACCCAUGCAGUUCAAUGGUUACAGGAACAGCAGGAAAAUAAUAAUGUAAUCGAAGAAAAUGUUAAGCGCGAUAAUACUGGUGCAAUUGCUACAAAUGAUUGGCAACAGAAUCGUACGAUACCGUCUCAUCAUAGUCUGUCUAGUGCAACACCAACAACAGAACCUGCUGUGGAAUAUGACGAACGGAAACGAUCUAUGCCUUCAUUAACUAUGAAUUCCGUGAACUCUAAAGACCCUAAUAUGCAUACAAAAACAAGUCUUGCUAAAUCACAUCUAUCUGAUUCUCGACUUAACAUGUCUGCCACACCUGAAACUAUAUCAACUGUUGCAAGCUCUGAAAAUGUUUCUAUGCAAGAAAACAAUGAUUUCACUUUAGUACAUGAUCCAGUAGAAUGUGGAAAGAGUAAUUCAACAGAGGAAUUACCUACAAAAUUGGAACAGUUGAGUCUUAGUACUAAGUUGAACAAACACUUGGAAAGUCAAAAUGAGUCAAAAGAGGUAUAUCCUGUUAUGUCUGAGGAUGGAUGGAGUCAAAAUACAGCUUCCAAUAAUAGUGCUACACCUGAUAAUAUACCUGGAUUGCCUUCAGACUAUACUGCACUUGGUACAGAAAAUCCUUAUUCCAAUGAUAAUCAAAAUCUUAUUAGUCAAGAACAUUCGGCGCUUAACACUUAUCAAAUGACAAAUAUCAAGCCACCAGAUAAUAUAGCACAAAGUGGAUACGAUCAAUGGUACAGUCAGAAUACAAUGCCAAUAUCCUCGGAAAAUAUGUGGUACUCGAAAGAUCAUACGCGACCACCUAAAGAAUGGAGUACUGAACAAAAUGUAGAAAACUAUGAAAAUAUUCAGCAACCUUCAGAAUUUGUAAAUUUAGAGGUAGUUGCGCCAUCGUUGCAGGAACGUGAUAUAUAUGGCUCUAGAGAUUCCAUAAAUAAGGAAACUUUAGAUAAUGAUCCCAAACCGGUUUUGAAUCCUUCCAAGGAUGUAGCUAGUGCACGUGAUUUUAGACAAGAAGUAAACAAUAUUGAAGUGCCAUCUGCACAGCAGUUAGCACGAUCUCAUUCGCUUCUUCAGUCGGAACAGGUGCCAGAUAAUUAUGAAUUCGCGUCGAACGAUAGAAAUACAUUUUUGGAAACUGGGGAAUUGACCGAUUCUCAUCAAGAGCACGAACCAAGUCCGCCAAUUCAAGAUGAUGAAAACGACGAAGUGCCUAAUGACAUUCCCUUUUUACGAGAAGUACCGGGACAAUCGAGCUCCAUAGACCCACGUAGAAAUGAUCCAACGGGGCAAGAGCAAUAUGUUCAAUCUGGUCAAAGACUGUCCGAUCCGAGAAGAAACGAUCCUUCUGGUCAGGAGCAAGGUCUUCAAUUAAGAAAUAUAUCUGAAAGAUCGGAACGACGUGAUGUUCCGCCUGGACAAGAGAGAAAUGUUCCUUUACUUUCACGAUCGGAUUCCGAUACAAUGGAACGUCGAAACGAUCCGUCUGGUAGAGAACGGUCUCUGCCUCCUCAACAAUCACGAAAUGACCCUUCUGGGGAAGAAAGAUAUCAGUCUCUACCUCCGAUUAUGUUAGAACCAAGCGAAACACGGGAAGUACCUGGAAGAGGCAAUGAACCUGAAGAACCUGCUCAGCAAACGGACGAGAAUCUCAGACAAAUACCAGGCGGUGCAUCUCCAAAUGAAGCUGCUCAACCUUCAGAUGACAGACCUAAUGGAAGAAUAGUUACAGGUUCUCAAGAAGUUCCUUCUAUAGGCUCUACGACACAAGAUCAAACCAGCGACUCAAGAAACAAACGCGAGGAAGCCGUUGGAGCAUCUAUCGGCGAGUGUCAAGGAGUUCCUAGUACAUCAACUCGUAAAGAUUCAUACGAAGACGAGGAUGACGAAGGUUCCGGAAAUAGUAGAGACGACAGUAGAGAAAGACGGCGUGACAGUAGUUCGGAACGUCGACGAUACGAAUACGAACGAAAGGGCGCUUAUUAUGAUCGUGAACGGGAAUACGAGGAUGAUUAUUAUUACGAUCGUCGUCGUGGUGGAGGAGAAAAUGAUCGAACAUAUAGUACGCGUGACGAAUUUGAUCGUCGAGAAAUGCCUUAUCGUGAAGAUGAUCGUAAACAUCACAGUCGAGAUGAUCUAGAUAGACAUGCGAGAGAAGAGAUCGAUAGAAGAGGCAGACCUAAAGAAGAUUUAGAUGAAAGGGACAUCAGAAGAAGGCCUGACGACCGUAGAAAAGAUAGGGCUGACGAUGGGAUACGACGCAGAGAAAGAGAAAUCAGAGACUAUGAUUCAAGAUAUUCUAGAGAUCGCGAUUAUUUGGAUCGUGACAGAAGAAGAGACGACAGGCGACCGAGACGAUAUGACGAUUACGAUAUAAGGGAUCCAUACAGGAGAGAAUAUUACGAUGAUCCUUAUAGUAGAGGAUCUAGACCAUCCAGUAGAUCUUCUUAUAACGAUAGAGAUCGAGAAUACUACAUGCGGGCGAGAGAUCCUUAUUAUUAUAAUGGAUAUCCUGGAUACGAUUAUGGUACUCAUUAUGCUAAUAACUACUACGCGUAUAUUGAAAAUUUGCGACGUACAAAUCCUGCUGCUUAUUCAGAGUGGUAUCACAAAUAUUAUGCUAACCAACAUCAGCAACAACUCAUUUCUCGUGGCAUUACUAAUUACCCAGAAGACAGAGCAAGCGUUCAUUCAGGGCGUAGUUCUUGCGAUGAAAGAACUGGCGAUAAACGAACUUUAGGUGAUGCGUCUGUGCUUGAAGAUUCGGCGACUACUUCUGCACGAAUGACACCAACUAAAUUUUGCACUUCGCAUGUAUUCGGAUGUUUUUCUAUUGGAUCUUUGAUACACGUGCAACCAGCUUAUCCAUCUGACGGUGACAGGGCCAAAGUAGAUAUUUUUAAAUUGGAUAAUUUACUCUCACAUGACUCUGUAGCACGUGAUUUACGAGCAUAUCCUGGACCUCUAAUUAAGCAAGUAGGCGUCACUCAUAAAAAAACCAUUAUCGAGUACUGCGAAAAUAAAAUUAAGAAAGCAGCAUCAAACGAAGAAAUGGUCGAUCGGGCUUCGUAUAUACUUUUAUAUGAAUUAAUGAUUAUGCUGAUUCAGCAAAAUGGGAACGUUGUUGGUGUUGAUAUAGCAGCAUUGUUACUCAGAAACAAGGAUGCAUAUCCUUGUGAUGCGAACAAGCAAAAGUCACAGGAUUCAGGAAGAAGGGAAUCGGUGAUAUCUCAAAGAUCGGGAGUCGGAGUUGGAGAUGGUAUUCAAAGUAAUCAAGAUAGUACAGUAACAUCCGAAAAAGUCGAAAGUAAGCCACGGAAAACCAUCGAACAAAUAACUGAUGAGUUUAGAAACACGCUACUUUAUGGUUUGGUUCAAGAAGCAUUGGAAUAUGCAAUGAACGAAGGACUUUGGGGUCAUGCACUUUUCUUGGCUAGCAAAUUGGAUAAACGUACGCACGCGUCAGUAAUGACGCGUUUUGCUAACAGUUUACCAUAUCACGAUCCAUUGCAAACUUUGUAUCAAUUACAUUCUGGUCGUGUGCCAGCUGUUGUUACUAGUAUAUCAGAUUCACGGUGGGAUGAUUGGAGACCUCAUUUGGCUAUGAUUAUAUCGAAUACGUCUGCUAAUCCGGAGAUCAAUCGUCGUUCGAUCACAACUCUCGGUGAUACACUUUCCGCGGGAGGAGACAUCCAUGCUGCUCAUUUUUGUUAUAUACUCGCACAAGUUGACUUUGGUGCUUAUGGAGCGAAUAAUACGAAACUUGUGUUGAUCGGUGCAAACCAUCAUAAAUCGUACAAUGCAUUCCUCACAACGGAAGCUGUCAUGCUUACGGAAAUAUAUGAAUAUGCUAGAAACCUGAGCGAACCAGGAUUUACACUUGUGGAUCUUCAGACCUUUAAAUUUGAUUUGGCGGUGAAAAUGGUGGAUCAUGGGUUAAUAGAAAAAUCUCUGUUGUACAUAGAACAAAUUGCAGUGAAUAUUGUGAAUGAGCCAUCGAAGUACAAAAAAUCAUUUAUCAAUGUGGUGUAUAACUUAGGAGACAGGAUUAGAUAUCACGAUCCAAUCUAUAAAGAUUCCAUCGACGAAGCUACAACUUUAACUUGGUUUAAUAACCUAGCUGAGAUUGUUGAUAAAUACCAUACGGGAGAAAUUACCGAGAGUGAAGUUUGCACUUCGCAAGCGAAAACAGAGUCACACAACAACGUGCAAAAUCAAGAAACACAUAAGAUUAAACAACAACAACAACAAUGGAAGACGGUUCCAUCUGAAUACAGAGAAGGUCCAACGUCAAUGAUGGAAGUAUCCACAACGGAAAUACAGUCAGAAUGGCAGCCAUUAUCACUGCCGCCAAAUAUACCAGACACAUAUGAUCAGAGUAUGCCAUAUGUAAGAAGUAACGAGGAAUCUGGUCAAUACCAACAACCGCAACAACAGGAAUAUUGGAACCAAGACUCUUACUAUCAAAGCAAUUAUGGAAGAAAUGACAGUACCAUCACGAAUUGGCAACAGCAAUCAACUCAUGCAACGUAUCCUUCCCAGCAGGGUGAAGUCGAUGAUUCACAGCAACAAGAAAAGUGGAAUUAUGAGGCGGAAAAAGAAGAAAAAACACCUACCCAUGAAGCAUCGCAGCCGGCAAUUUCUAUGACGCCGUCAACGAGAAAGCAAUACGAUCCGUUGGAAGAAUUGGAUGCAUUGGAAACACCAAAUUCAACCUCGAAACCUGCGCCUUCGGAGAAAAAAGCUUCAGAAAAAUUUGCCGAGAAGAAACCUUCGAAUAGUGGAGGUUCUUGGUUUGGUGGUCUUUUUAGUAAGCUUGCCCCAAAACCCAGGAAUCAAAUGAUUUUACCGGAUGACAGUAACCCAACGAUCGUUUGGGAUCCAGUCGGUAAAAAAUGGAUGAACAAAGAUGAAGAUGGAGAUAGUAGCUCUGCUACACUAGGUCCUCCUCCUAAAAUUUCUGAGAUGGGAUUUAAAACGCUUGUGUCAGAGCAAGCUCCACCUUCGUCUCAACCACCUUCGCAAGCUGACGAAUCCGCUAUGAAUAAAUUCAAAUUACCCAAGGGUAGAAGUAUGCGUUCCAAUUACAUAGAUGUAAUGAACCCAGGUAGUUCGAAAGGUAACGCACCACCUUCGAGUGUACCAACCCCAAUAACCUCCCCGAUGGUACCUAUGGCAACUUCGUCACCUCAGUUAUUUAUUCCUGCUCCAGUUAACGAUCCAAGUGCCCCUGUGGACUUUUUAACUACCACAACAACGCCAGUCGCACCCUCUACGAAUGUUUCUGAUAAUACAUCCCAAGGGUUCUCUCGAUGGAGCUCGACCAGCUCGUUAUCGCGAGAGGUGCAGAGCUACACUAUGAGGGAUCCGCGUUUCCUCCCACAGAACAAGGGACCAAUGAUGUACAACCCGAACGACAUGAAGGAUCGUUCAAUGAAGAAUGUGCAACAGAGCCGAUAUCCUCCACGAUAA